AUGGCAGAUAUACCGAAGGUGGGAAGAAGUAACCAUGGCGGGGGUAGGGUCCCAUGUGAAGACGACAUCAAACGGCCAUCACUUGUCAAGAUUGGAGGAGUGGACAACGAUGUCACACACGGCAGGCAAGAAGAGCUGGGGGGGUGGAGGGGGGUGUUGAACUUUUUGGAAAAAAGGGGAGAUGUUGAAGUCAGAGGAUGCACACCAGUUGGCUACGAGGACAGGAACGAGACGGCCUACUCCAAGAUCUUCACGCUGUGGUUUUGCAUGAGUUGCAAUCCCCUUCCAGUCACGUUUGGCAUGGUGGGGACCAUGUCGUUUGGCCUCAGUUUACGAGAUGCAGCACUGGUUAUCCUCUUCUUCACGCUCGUCUCCACAGUGCCUGUAGCGUACAUGUGCACGUGGGGCCCCGUGACUGGCAUGCGACAACUUGUCCAAGCGCGAUUUUCGUUUGGAAAGUACUUUGUGUCUCUUCUGAUCCUGCUCAACCUCGCGACACUGACUGGCUUCUGCGUGGUUGACAGUGUCAUUGGCGGCAUGGCCUUGUCUGCGGUGCAGGAUGGGACGACCAUUAAUGCAACUGUCGGCAUCGUCGUGAUUGCCCUCCUAUCGCUCGUCAUAUCCUUUUGUGGGUUUGGCGUGCUGCACCACUACGAGCGAUGGGCGUGGAUACCCGCACUGCUGGCACUUAUCAUUGCUGCAGGGUGCGGAGGCCAGAAACUCGGUCACCAGGUUGCUGCCCCUGCGGCGACUGCAUCGCAGGUACUGUCGUUUGGCGGUCUAGUGGCUAGCUUCAUGUUGCCAUGGGCCGCACUGGCCAGCGACUUCUCCACAUACAUGCACCCAAAGGCACCUCGGUCCCGCAUCGCACUGUACACAUAUAUUGGCCUCGCACUCCCAACAGUCUUGUUGAUGACACUGGGUGCAGCAAUGGGCGGCGCGACACCCAAUGUGCCGUCGUGGCAAGCGGGCUACGAGGCCAAUGCAGCGAGCGGUGUCCUCGCAGCCAUGCUGCACCCAGCAGGAGGCUUUGGACGGUUCGUCACGGUGGUGCUGGCAUUCAGCAUGCUGGGCAACCUGUCUGCGACCAUGUACAGCGUCACGCUCAACCUGCAGAUGCUCGUGCCCUGGCUCUUCCGCGUCCCACGCAUCGUCUUCAGCAUCGUCAUCACGGGCAUCGUCAUUGGCGUCGCCGUCGAGGCGUCAAAGAGCUUCUUCCUCAACCUCGAGAACUUCAUUGGUGUCAUUGGAUACUGGAGCGCUGCGUUCAUUGGCAUUGUGCUGGUUGAACAUGUGCUAUUCCGAGGCGGCAGCUUUGCAGCCUACACCGAGGAUGCAGACGCAUGGGACGACGGCCAAAAACUGCCAGCGGGAUACGCAGCACUUGGCGCGUUCCUGUUGUCGUUUGGGCUCAUUGUGCCUUGCAUGGGCCAGAUCUGGUGGACGGGGCCUAUUGCGGAAACUACGGGCGACAUCGGACUCGAGGUGGCCGUGGUGCUGUCGGCGCUGUUAUACGUGCCCUUGAGGACGUGGGAGAAGAGGGUAUGCAGGAGAUGA